AUGAAAAGCAAUAAGAAGAACCAGCCAAUAAAUGGAGAAGGAGCAACUCGCAACAACAACAAAAUCAAAGCAGCAAUUAUCUACAAGAGUAAAUUGCAGCAGCAAGACGCAGAUGGCCAGGUUGUUAAUGAACAGGACGAGGAUCAACUCUUUGUGGCAUCGUGUUAUGCAAGCAAUGUUUCAAUUGAGUCUUGGCUGAUUGAUAGCGGAUGCACAAACCAUAUUAAUCAUGACAAAGAGCUCUUUAAAUACAUGAAGCCUACUCGAGUUACAAAAGUCAUAAUAGGUCAUGUUGGUUAUACUCCGGCAAAGGGAAUGAGAACUAUUGCAAUUGAAACACAAUUAGGUACUAAAGCAAUUUCAAUUGUUCUUUAUGUACCAGAUUUAGAUCAGAACUUGCUAAGUGUUGAUUAUUCUUACACUUUUGCUCCAGUUGCUAGGAUUGACACAAUUAGAUUGCUUAAAACUGUUUCUGCACUACGUGGUAGGAAUGUGCAUCAGACGGAUGUCAAAUCAUCAUUUCUUAAUGGCUUUCUUGAAGAAACAAUUUAUGUUGAGAAACCUGAAGGGUUUGUUAUAGAUGGAAAGGAAGAUAAAGGAGCGGUGAAAAGUGAUUGUGGAAGUUCCGAGAAUGAUGCAAAGAGAACUUCAGGGUACUGUUUUAGUGUUGGUUCUAAAAUUUUCUCAUGGAGUUGUAAGAAACAAAAUAUUGUAGAUCAAUCUACUGUGGAAGCUGAGUUUGUGGCAGUUGCAGUAGCAGUCCAUCAAGCAUUGUGA